AUGCCUCCUAGACGUGUUAAUGUUAGAGCUAAUGCUCAAGAGUAUGCUGAAUACUGGUUUGAGGGAUCUAAAAGGACCCGCAAGCAUAUGUCUUGUGCUAAUAAGGAGAAGUUGUGUUGUGCUGUGUCUUUACUCAACGGUGAAGCUCAACGUCGGUGGAGUAUAGUUAGGAGGGGUACUAUUUCUAAUAAAUUGACUUGGAAUUACUUUCUUGAGGUUUGUAAGAGGAAGUUUAUAGGUGAGCAGUAUAUGGAGGCUCGUAAGCGUGAGUUUCUCGAUUUGGUUCAGGGUGAUUUGAUAGUGGUUGAUUAUGAGGCUGAAUUUAUUCAGGUUUAUUUGGUAGCUCAAAAAGUAGUAGCUCAGAAUGUAGAUAUGUUUGAUGAGCUAGUUGAGAGAGCAAAAGUAGUUGAAGAGACUUUAGUUGAGCCGCCUUGUUCUAUGGUAACUAAAUCAGGUAAGAGGACUUCUAAUGGUGCAUCUAGACAACCAUUUAAGAAAAAAUGUGAUAUCCAGGGUUCUGAUAGGAGUAUACGACAUGAGUUUCAACCAAGUCAGUCUAAGCAGCAGAGCAGUGUUGUGGUUAGUGCUGGAGGUUUGAUGGGUGGUUCUGGAUGGCCGCUUUGUGCACAUUGUGAGCGUAGGCAUCCUGGAGACUGUUGUAGGUUGACAGGUGGUUUUUUUAAGAGUUGCUCGAAGGAACACAUUCUGAGGGAUUGCUCAAAUAGAGUUGAAGUGUAG